GCUGUAUUUAUAUUCAUAUUCAUAUUCAUGUUCGCUUUUGUGUGAUUUGGUUUCAUACUAUACUAUAUUAUACUAUACUAUUUAUUUCAUCAAAUUGAUUCAUACUAUCAUAUCAUAUCAUUACUACAUACCCACACGAGUAUCUACAUACCCAUCACCACAAUACAAACACAUCAAAAUGCCCUCUCGAAUAACACCAACAACAAAAACAAACCACUACCAGCAUUACCAUCCCUACAACACCACCACCACCACCAAACCCUCACCACGCCCACGCCCACGCCCACACUUCCAACCCCAACCCCAACCCCGGUGCUUCGACUGGGUCCUCCUCCCAACAAACAGCAACACGCACAUCGCCAAAAACCGCUCUUCAUUUAUCACCUACCGCCGCGCACCAUGCAAGAUCGCCAACCAGCGGGUCCUGGGCAUCGGGACGGUUCAACUCCGAGUGCAGCGUGCGCCGGACGAUCCGCGAACAAACACCCUUGUGCUGCAUGACGUGCUGCAUAUGCCGAAUGCGCGGUGUAAUGGGAUUAGUGUGGCGAAGUAUACGGGGGAGAGUGAGGAGGGGAGUGGGAGUGAGGAUGGGUCGGAGGUGAUGUCGGACCAGGGGGGGAGUAGUGCGGGGGAGAGGUGUGUGGUGGGCGUGGAGGGGGAUGGGAGGUGGUUUCAGGGGAGGGGAGAGGGAGGGGGUAUGGAGAUGGGGGUGGAUGGGUUGAGGGUGGUGUUGGCGGGGGAUGGGGAGAGGGAGAUGAGUAGGGGUGAUGGGGGAGGGAAGAUGUUGGGAGUGGUGGCUUCCAAGGAGGAGUUGGACAUGUUGAAUGAGAGGGUGAGGAAUAGAUCGUGGGUUUAG